AUGGCCAACCCCCUUGACACCGAUGCCGGCACCGAGCUGUUCAAGCAUUAUGAAACCGAAUACCAGCUGGUCCAGGCGGACCUGGUGCAGAAGUUGGACCAGAUCGCGGAGCUGUCCGGGGAGCCGAGGAAGGCGGCGCUGAGCACGGCGGAGCGGGCGCUGGAAGAGGCGGGCGAGCUGCUCGACCAGAUGCAGAUGGAGAAGCAGAACGUGCCCUCGGCGCAGCGCGCCGCCAUCAACCGGCGGUUGCGCGACUACAAGACGGAUGUCGACGGCUACCGGCGGAAGCUGCGCUCGCUGGCCCAUGACAAAAGCGCGCUGUUCGGGGGGAGAUACACGGACAACCCGGGAUCGUCGUCAGGGGAUGCCCACUUUGAGCAGAGGCAGCAGUUACUAUCGGGAACGGACCGGCUAGAUCGCAGCACGCAGCGGCUCAAGGCCAGCCAGGCAUUGGCGAACGAGACAGAGGCCAUCGGAGCCAGCACGCUGGCGCAGCUGCAACAGCAGCGCGAGACCAUCGAACACACCACCAGGGUCUUGUACGAGAGCGAAGGCUAUGUUGACCGCAGCAUCAAGAGCCUCAAAGGGAUCGCUCGUAGGAUGGCUACAAAUCGGGUGAUCACCAUUGCCAUCAUCACCGUCUUGGUGCUCCUUAUUAUUGCAGUUAUCUUCAGCAAGUUCAGAUGA